AUGACCGUUAACGGCUCGAACCCCCUGGAUUCGGAUAACUUUGCAUCCAUUGAUAAUAAAACAUAUAAAGACACCGUCCAGUCUUCAAAUCCCAGAAAAAGGCCCAUGAAAAAGAGAAAGUAUAGUCGGGGUGGAUGCGAAGAGUGCAAACGGCGCAAAAUGAAAUGUGAUGAAGGGAAACCUUUUUGCUACAACUGCACUCGGCUCAACAAGGCUUGUGUUUAUAAGUCCAAGAACAAGUUUAAUAUCAGUUCAGGUCCUGAAGUUCAGGUACCAGAGCUGGAUCAAAUGUCUGUUUCUACAUCGCAAAGCUCUUCGCACCAUAGGAACAGACCUAUUCCCAACAAAGUACCGACUCAAAACUCCCCCCAAACAUUCUCAGUACAACAUUACAUGCCCAGUGGCGAAUACAUGAACACUUUUGUUCGAGUAGACCUGCCGGCCACGCCGUCUGGCCCUCCCCUUCAAUAUUCAUUCCUGGAGCGAGAACCUUUAAACCCGGUACCGCUACCGGGAAACUUCACGCUGCUACUGCCGUCGAAUGGAUCCACCGCUGCAGCUUCGCCGCUGGGCCGGGCGUUUAAAAAUGCCAUUUCGGAUAUCUUAUCACCCUCAAAUGGUGAUAACUUUGCUAGUGACACAGAUUGGCAGGAAAUGAAGCAUCUCUUCGACGAGGCCACGAUUCUCGUGAGCGAUAUGAACGAUCUCCAGCUUGCAAUUUCUCAUCCAAAUUCGAUGGCCAGUAACAGCCCCAGAAACACUUUUAGCGACACCUUUGAGAAGCAUGUGUUUGAAAUCAACGAGUUCUCUCAGGAGAUUAUCAACAACUCCAACAACGGCAAGUACCAGUUUGAAAACGACUUGACUCCUCAGACUAACCAGGUCCAAGGAUCCGUGUCCAACACUGAGUUGAUCGAAUACACCAUCAAGCAGCACCGUCUCGUGGGCCCCCAUGCAGCGUACUUGCGGUACUUGAACAAGAAGGUCACCGGCGAUGCGUUCUUCCCAUUUGCGUCUUCAGUGGAACACAAUGAAGUAGUGAAUGUGCUCCUUAAAUAUUCCAACAACUGCCCUUACUUGUUGAGUGCAUUACUUGCCAUGAUAGCUACCGUCGAGUUCAACAUCACCGGUAAGCCAGUACACGAGUUGAGUGGGCAAAAGUACGUUUCCGUGUGCCUCAAGUCGCUAAGUCAAGCAUUUGCCAGUAAUAGCUCCAAUAAAGUGGACCAAUUCCUCAACGACAUCGAACGGUUGCUUUUGACGGUGAUUCUUCUCAGUUCCAUCUUCUCUUCCAAGACCUACGAGAACAACGACAACAUCCUCAACAGUUGGAAAACCCACCUACGCGGAACAAAAGACUUAUUGAUCAACUACAGCAAUACUACCACCAAAAGAAACACUCGAGGGGUUUCCCGUGGCACUGCUCUAGCUCGAACGUGGUUCUUUGCCAUAGAGUCGCUCGCCAGCAUCACCACCCCGUUUGGAGGAACUCUCAGCAGUCGUCGCAAAGAAGAAAACCAUCAAUACUCAACCUCCGACAUCGACACCAACGACAAGGUGUUUCUCGACACUGGGUACUUUGGCAAGGAGCAGAACCCCGACUAUUACGAGGCUCUCGUGAGUAUCGGCCUUAUUGUCAAGAACAACACGGUGGAAUUCAACCUUUUUCUAGGGUUUACCCUCGAGUUUGUGCUUUUGGUCAAGGAGUACACCAAGGUUCUGGAGUAUCUUAGGGCUGCCGAGCCCAAGAAUCGCCAGAUCUCUUCGCCGCAAGUGCUAAAACUCUUGUCGUUGGUGGAAAAGAGUCAGAUGGCUGUGCUAGCUCCGAUGUUGAACACAAAAGAUUGCACUAUUCCCGAGUCCAGCCCAGCACACCCCCAGUUUCCUCGUAUCGACCCCUACCGCCUCAACUUUCCCGAGGCUGCGUACGGGACCUACAAGUCACCUGAGGGCCAUGUCACCGUGUAUUCGUGGUUUGAUCUCAGCCAGCAGAUCCACACAGACCUGCUUUUUUUACGGGUUCUUCUCAUGCCGGGGAUCUUCCAGCUCCCCAAGUCGAGUCCUCUUGUCCAAGAGUUGCUCAUGAAGCUCGCCAACCACUUGUUCUACGUGCUACCAAAAAAUAGCCCUGACUACGACGCUCGCAAAGACAUUAUCCUAUGUGAAACUGACAACUAUUUUUUGUCGACAGAUAUGUUUGAUUCCCGGGUGUUCAUGACACAAAGUGCCUUCAGGCUCAUCACUGGGCUACUUGACGAUGACGAUCACCUCGAGAAAAUCGAGCUUAUUUUCAAAGGUAUGGUGGAGUUGGGAAACGGAUCGGCAGUGGAGGCAUUGAACAAUGUGAUUCUGCGCCGAACCUGGUUGCGGAGCCACCCUGCAGGCGGCAACCACGACCCCACUGAAGUGGAGCUCGCCCAACUGGAAGUGGUUCCAUUCGCAUAGUCGUCGUAUACACGGGUUUAUUUUACGCAUCAAGGUUCAUUCGUAUUGGU